UGUGUGUGUGUGUGUGUGUGUGUGUGUGUGUGUGUGUGAAUGUCACUGAUAUGACUGUCAGCCACUUCCCCUCUCAACAUGCCCGCAACGAUGCACCUCACUCUCCUGGUGUCUCUGUUAACAGCGAUAGUCAUCAGCGAAACCCCCACUUCCUUCCUCUCAUCCACUGCACAAACAACCGCCACCAAACCACAGUCACAAACAACAACACUCCAGACUACCAGUGAAACAACAACACAUCCGACUACAGCUGAAACGACAACACUCCAGACUACCAGUGAAACAACAACACAUCCGACUACAGCUGAAACGACAGCAGUGCAGUCCACGACCGUCAUCACUUCGGCUUCACCAAAAACGCAGCAGACAGACGACACCACUCCCAGCCCACCUCCUCAAACCACAGCAAUCAACCAGACAUCAAAUGAGACAGCUUUGCCAACUGAAACAACGCUCCCAUCUGCGUCAGCAUCACCAAACAUCACUGCAACCACCACUGUGAACACAACCGACACAGGUUUUUCACCCGACUGGGGAAAAGAUGACCUGGCGUCAAACCCCGGCCUAGUCGCUAUCAUUUGCAUCUUCUGUAUUGUCCUCGCCCUCGUUAUCGUGGUAUUCACAGUGAAAUGUAUCCGAUCGCCGAGAUCCAAAUUUGAGAGGCUCGAAGAUAUGCCGAUGGGCAAAGUGAAUGAGGAGUCUCCGUUCGCCCACUACUCGAAAUAACAGAAUGCGCUUUGUGGACGCUGAAGGCCCGGGACGAGUCCAACCUGCCGAACGACUCUGACAUCAUCAGGCUCUUCUUUACGUAGCACUUUAUUCAAUGCCAGUGGAAUAUUUUGGCCUCAGCGUUAACCUUUGACCUGCUUAAUUCAUUUUGGUUUCAAUUAAGUGUAAUCAGCUAACUACAACUGUCGCUUCCUCCAUAAUAAAAUUUGAAAAUCAGCCCUGAAAGGUAAACCUUCAUAUAUAAUGUUUGCUAACAUUAUAUAUGAACAUUAUAUAACAGAGCUUCUUCUUCUCAUCAGUCCCAUCGUUGAAGCGCUUCUUGUAAGCACACAUAAUCUUGUAAGCACUACAACUCAGAAUUACACUGUUGAUUUAAUAAGAGUGCAGAAGUUUUCGAUUUUACAUAACGCUUUAACAAAGUCAUAACUGGAAUGCACAAGUCUACAAAUGUGAUCUUAUCUGGAGUGUCAUAUAUGACGUACAACUAAUGGGGGCUGAGGUCUUCUGUGCAACCAAAGCUCAGACGCAGAAAGUCACAGUGCUUAGCACAUGUUUUAGACCACCAGCCAGUGUAAGGUUUAUGCCAUAGCUGUCGUAAAUUAACAGUUCUGGUACUUACCAAAGUCAUUUUUUAAUGUUUCUGUAAUAGUUAAACCACCAGUGUGCCCAAGCUCUUAAAUCAAGAUCUUUUUUUUUAAUGCUAAAAUAUAAAUAUUGUUGUCAUGCAUUAAUUUUAAAAUUUACUGGUAUAAAAAAUAGAAUAAAAAUAGUAAAGUCAUUAUUAGUUUAGAUUAAAUUAGAUUAAAUUACAGUUACUUACUUGCAUUCCUGAACAGGACAAUUAGUUUCACUGCAUGAACGUCAUGCUUGAUUAAUUUCUGACUUCCUAGAGACUUCCUCAAGUGUGGGUAUUAAAAACCUGAAUGCAGUUUUUCCAUUUGCCUUAAAAUACUUUUUUUUUUUUGAUUUGUUUUAAAUUUUGGCAUAUUUCUAAAAUAUUUUUCUUUUGUUUUUCUAAUGGCAGGUGGUCUAAUAAAUGUGUUAUGCACUGGAAAUAUCAGGAAAAACUGUGGGGCCACUGACAGAACCUUUAUGGCUAAAAACACUAAACAAUAGGCUUGUGUUCUUAUUACUGAUAAAAAAAAAUAAACUUUGUGUAUUUGUAUGCACUAAAACACCACUAAUUAUUUCCUAUGUUAACUCUAAAACUAAUAUCAGGUCGUUCACAUUAGUCACAUCAGAAAUGUCUCCAGGUUCAGGACAAUCUCGGGACUCUUUUCCAACAAAAAAACGUGCAAUUCUGCUUUGUCUUGCUAAUCUUGGUAAAUGUAAACAGAUUUGCUUAUGCUUACAGACAGAUUCAAAUAUAGAAUUGGAUCCUUUCUGCUUUAAAUGCUUUAAAUAAUCAAUAACCCUGAGCUAGCCUUCACAAAAAUGAUAAAAGUCAUAUUUCUAGACAUUUUAAUUGUGGCUCAAAGUAACUUUUUUCAUGAAAUGCUGUCACACUGAGUCUGUGUGGCAAAGCUGCUAUCUUACAUUAAAUUUUGCAGUGACUUGAAUGCUUUCCUGCCAUUUCAACAAAAUGAUUUAAUAAGUCAGUGUUUUGUAAAUCGGGCGAUCACAUGCUGUGUGCCAAGUACAUAAUUGUGAUGUUUUAAUAAAAAUAAAAACAUU